AUGAAGACAGAUAAGGCUAACUCUUCGUCAAUGGACUACAAUCCAUGCAUAGAACAAGCGUGCGACUCAUGUCGUAAAAGGAAAUUGAAAUGCUCAAAAGAGUAUCCAAAGUGUAGCAAGUGCAUCCAACACGGAUGGUGCUGUUCUUAUUCCCCAAGAGCGGUCAGAUCACCGUUGACCAGAGCCCAUUUAACUCAAGUCGAGAAUAAGGUGAAAACGUUGGAGAAUCUUAUACAUUUUUUGUUACCAGAGAAUGUGUUUCAAGAAUACGAUAUGGAUGAUUUGGUGAGCCAAUCCAGGUUCAAAAAGGUGUUGAAGCCCUACAGAGACGUUUUGGAAAGGGAGGAUAUCAAAAUUGAGAAAAGUGACUUCACGAUGUUACAAAACACCAGUCACCUGCAAGAUCACCAACAGCAAGUACCACAUUUGGAGCUGCAGGUGCAUUCGCAAUCGCAAUCGCAAUCGUCUCAGUCUCAAUCUCGGGCUCAGUCUCGGUCUCAGUCUCAGACUCAAUUGCUGUCGCGAAUGUUCCCAUCGCCUAUAACUAGUGCAACUCAAACGGCCUGUACCUCCCCUCAAGCCAGACCUUCAUGCUGUGUAAAUAACAGCUGUAAUACUUGUGCUUCGUUGGCGCAAUCACCUUCGUACUCAAUUUUCUCGGCUGAUGACAGCUUGUCUAACGAAUCAGUAUCCAAUGCAGAUCAUCAUGAGCACUAUGCCAAUUCCAGCCUUGAUAAAGCUAAAAUCAAGCAAGAGAUCAUUGAUGACUUUUUACUCAACAACAUAACAGUGCAGCACGAUAGCAGCAGCAGCAACAUUAACAAUAUUAACAACAGCAACAACAACAACAACAACGAAUUUAUUAUUCCACUGAUAAUAAAACAAGAAAGUGACGGCGGAUCCAAUUCCAGACAGUUUCUGACCACAGUUUCCAAUUCAAUUGCAUCCCCAUCUUCGUUGCUAUCAUUGGACUCAUUAAACAAGAAUAUGAGGGGGCUUCCUGUGAGUAACAUAAACAGUAGUUCGCCUGAAUUUUCAAACGGGGAGAUAGUAGACAAGAAUGACGAUUUAGGGGUGUAUAUUCGAAAUUCGAUAGACACCAACUAUGAUUCCAUUUUUGACGAGGUUAUGGAUGAUUCACCAAUGAUGAAGAUAUGA